AAGGCUUAUAUAAAGUCUUCAGGAGGAGGAAGAUUUUGGUUUCAAGCAGAUCCAACUGUGGGCAAAGCAGGAUCUCGCCUUUUAGCACUAUGACUUCUGACCAUUGCAGUUCCCUCCCCAGCGAGCAGGUUUCAGAGGCCAACGCUGCCUCCCUGUGCCUCUUGGCUAACGUGGCACAUGCCAACCGAGUCCGUGUGGGGCCGACUCCCCUGGGCCGCCCCAGCCUCUGUCUGCCUCCGACCUGCCACAAUGCUUGUCCCUUGCCAGGGAGCCGCCACAUUCCUGGCAACAUUGGAAUCUGUGGGGCCUACAGCGAAAACACCCUGAAUGGCCACGAGAAGGAGACUAUGCAGUUCCUGAACGACCGCCUGGCCAACUACCUGGAGAAAGUGCGCCAGCUGGAGCGGGACAAUGCAGAACUGGAGACCAAACUCCGUGAGAGGAGCAAGUGCCAUGAGUCCAGUGUGUGCCCGGACUACCAGUCCUACUUCUGCACCAUCCAGGAGCUCCAGCAGAAGAUUCUGUGCACCAAAUCGGAGAACAAUAGGCUGGUUGUGCAAAUAGACAAUGCCAAACUGGCCGCGGAUGACUUCAGGACCAAGUAUGAGACAGAGCGCUUGCUGCACCAGCUGGUGGAGGCUGACAUCUGUGGCCUGCGCAGGGUGCUGGACAACCUCACCCUCGCCAAGUGUGACCUGGAGGCCCAGCUGGAGUCCCUGAAGGAAGAGCUGCUUUGCCUCAAGAAAAACCAUGAGCAGGAAGCCCACACUCUGAGGGGUCAGCUGGGAGACAAGCUCCGGAUUGAGCUGGACAUUGAGCCCACCAUUGACCUGAGUAGGGUGCUGGGGGAGAUGCGAGGCCAGUAUGAGGCCAUGGUGGAGACCAACCGCCAGGAUGUGGAGCAGUGGUUCCAAGCCCAGUCUGAAGGCAUCAGCCUGCAGGCCAUGUCCUGCUCCGAGGAGCUGCAGUGCUGCCAGUCGGAGAUCCUGGAGUUGAGACGCUCGGUGAACGCCCUGGAGGUGGAGCUUCAGGCUCAGCACACGCUGAAGGACUGUCUACAGAACUCCCUGUGUGAAGCUGAGGACCGCUACGGCACAGAACUGGCCCAGAUGCAGAGCCUCAUCAACAAUGUGGAGGAACAGCUGUCUGAGAUCCGGGCCGACCUGGAGCGGCAGAACCAGGAGUACCAGGUGCUGCUGGACGUGAAGGCCCGGCUGGAGAAUGAGAUUGCCACGUACCGGAACCUUCUGGAGAGCGAGGACUGCAAAUUUCCCUGCAACCCAUGCGCGACCCCAGCCUUCAGCACUCCCAGUCCAGCCCCAGCAGCCUGUGCCCCCUGCUCCCGGGCCACCCAUGGGCUCUGCUCAUCAACUGGAUACUGACACACUCCUCAGCCCAAGGUGCUGGGAAAGGGGAGGUGUCUUCAGCUCGUUAGGCUCUGCUCUGCAGGCCUGCUACCUGGGCCUUGCCUCCUUGGCCAGCCAGGCAGGAGACUGAAGAGAGACAAUGCCACUCUGUGGAUAGGUGUUUGAGUCCAGCAGCUCAGCCCCUGUGACUGAAUUUGUGUUUCUUCCCCUCAAGGUGUCUCGAGUGCACCAUUUUCUCUCUUCUGUUGCCUCCUGAUCUCUGAGAUGGGGCAGGCACCCUUGUUUUUAUUUUGCUAUUAAACUUUGCUUCUGUAGCAGAAUGAGCCCAGCGCAGUCUGGCCUCAGCAUCUCCAUCCCAUGCUGAGAGCCUUUCUGGGAACUCCUUGAGCCACAUGCUUCUGUAGACGGGGGCUGUGGCUGGUUCACCAGAGUGGUUCUGGGAGAUGGCAAAGCCAGUGAAGGCUGGAGUUAAAAAUGGGACGCAGCAAAGUGGUACAGAGGAGAGAUACCCAACCUUGGACUUCACCGAGUGUAUUUGGAGACAGAUUUACAGAUAGAACUUUUAAAAUAUAGACGCUAAGUAAAAUUUCCCUUUUAUCUGGAUAAGCCACCUGGUCCUUGUGUAAAGGAAGAGCUCAAGCCUGCGGCACCACAGACCGCUGCAAAACUCUGAAAAUAUUAAGUGAUGGUAACUGCUAUCAGUCUAGAAAGACCCAAACAACCUGACCCAUCCAAGCUCCCCAGUAAGCCCCACUGGUGGGUCCUGGCAGCUGUCUGGCUUGGAAUUUGUAGACAAUAGAACAUGAACCAGAAGCCCCAGGACAGGUAACUUAAAUUGAGCUUUUAGAAUGACAUGCCCAUUAUGAGCAAGGCACUGGCUGGGGCUUCGCCAACAUUGUGUCACAGGGCCCCACAUCAGCCCUGCAAAGCAGCAGCAGCUGUUAUUAUUCUCAGCUGGUGGCUGAGUCAAGACUUGAAACCCAGUCUCUUUGAACCAGAUCCAAAGCCCGUUCUUUGGAAGCUUUGAGGGGGAAACAAAUUAAACAUGAGAAGGUUUAGGGCAGUGGUUCUUAAAGCGUGGUCCUCCAGCCGGUAGCACUGGCAUUACCUGAGAACUUGCUAGACAUGCACAUUCUUGAGCACCAGCCCUGAUUUUCUGAACCAGCAGUCUGCUUUAUCAUGACUUGCAGGUGAUUCUGAUGUUGGUUCAAGUUCGAGAACCACUGGUUUAGGGGGUUUAUUUGAGGAGUGAGCCCUU